UUAGAGGUCAGUGGCGGUCCUUCUUAUAGCAACUGCUGCAGCAGAAGGCCGGUCAGAUAGCUGCAGCGCUCUGCCCUUGGACACUGUCUAUACCGAUCUUCAUUCACGCGCACACACACACACACACUGUGGGACUGGUCGUUCUGAACAGUCAUGCAGGCUCCGGAAGUCCUGAGACAGCUGUGGUUUUCCGAGCUGGAGGAUGUUCGGCAUUAUGUGCGCGGCUUGCCCACCAAUGCACUCAUAGGGAUGGGGGCCUUCGCCGCCAUCACCACCUACUGGUACGCCACGCGGCCAAAGGCCCUCAAACCACUGUGUGACCUCAGCCAGCAGUCAGUGGAGAUGCCAGGUGGAGAACGUGCAAGAAGGUCUGUACUGAACGACAGCGAUGAGCACAUGACUCACUACUACAGCGACGCACGCACAAUCUACGAGGUGUUCCAGCGAGGGCUCAGAGUAUCACAUGACGGGCCAUGUCUGGGAGCAAGAAAACCCAACCAGCCAUAUGAGUGGCUGUCUUACAGCGAGGUGGUAGACAGAGCUGAGCACGUCGGCUCCGCUCUCCUUCACAGAGGACACUCUCACACAGGGGACAAGUUUAUUGGCAUCUAUUCCCAGAACAGGCCCGAGUGGACCAUUUCCGAGCUGGCCUGUUACACUUACUCCCUGGUCGCUGUUCCUUUGUACGACACACUCGGCACCGAAGCUAUCGGCUACAUUAUCGACCGAGCUGCCAUCUCGACGGUGAUCUGCGACGUACCCGAAAAGGCUCAGAUGAUUUUGGACUGUGUGAGCGAGAACGGGAGAACAGUUAAGACGAUUGUGCUCAUGGAGCCGUUUGACAGCGAGCUGGUGGCACGCGGACAAGAGUGUGGCAUCGAUAUCCUGAGCUUAAAAAACUUUGAGGCCUUGGGUAAAGCUAAUCUCCGGGAACCAGUGCCCCCUACACCAGAGGACCUUGCUCUUAUCUGCUUUACAUCCGGUACCACGGGGAACCCAAAAGGUGGAAUGCUUACUCAUGGAAAUGUGAUUUCCAACACUGCAGGUUUCAUUAGAAUGACGGAGGUACACUGCAUGCUGAGCGUCCAUGACAUUCAUGUAUCCUACCUCCCUCUAGCGCACAUGUUUGAAAGAGUUGUUCAGGGGGUUGUCCUCAUCCACGGCGCUCGGAUCGGCUAUUUCCAAGGCGACAUUCGACUUCUGAUGGAUGAUUUGAAAACUCUGCAGCCAACGGUUUUCCCCGUAGUCCCACGUCUCCUCAACCGCAUGUUUGAUAAGGUAUUUAGUCAGGCCAACACACCGCUCAAGAAAUGGCUCCUUGAUUUUGCCUUCAGAAGGAAGGAGGCGGAGCUUAAAAGUGGUGUAGUCAGAACAGACAGCAUCUGGGACAAACUCAUCUUCAAGAAAGUGCAGGCGAGCCUCGGCGGUCGCGUCAGACUCAUCAUCACCGGGGCAGCACCGGUGUCUCCGACCAUCCUGACGUUUCUUCGAGCUGCGCUGGGUUGCCAGUUUUAUGAAGGCUAUGGCCAGACCGAAUGCACCGCUGGGUGCUCCAUGUCGAUGCCCGGGGACUGGUCAGCAGGUCACGUUGGGGCUCCUCUGCCCUGCAAUGCCAUCAAACUUUUGGAUGUGCCAGAAAUGAACUACUUGGCAGCCAAUGGAGAAGGAGAGGUGUGUGUGAAAGGACCAAAUGUUUUCCAGGGAUACCUUAAAGAUCCUGAGAAAACUGCAGAGGCGAUCGACAAGGAUGGGUGGCUGCACACAGGAGACAUUGGAAAAUGGCUUCCUAGCGGCACUCUGAAGAUCAUUGAUAGGAAGAAACACAUUUUCAAGCUGGCACAAGGAGAAUACAUCGCCCCUGAGAAGAUAGAGACCGCCUACAGUCUCAGUGACCCAGUGGCCCAGAUAUUUGUCUACGGCGAAAGCUUACAGGCUUGUCUGGUGGGGAUAGUGGUACCUGAUCCAGACAUCUUGCCUAUCUGGAUGAAGAAAAAAGGGAUCGAGGGCUCCUUCUCUGAACUGUGCAAAAACAAGGAUGUGAAGAAUGCCAUUCUGGAGGACAUACUGAGGCUGGGCAAAAAUGCAGGACUUAAGUCCUUUGAGCAGGUUCGAGACAUCGCGUUGCAUCCGGAGCAGUUUUCUAUCCAGAACGGCCUGUUGACGCCGACCCUGAAGGCCAAGAGGAACGAGCUUCGAAGCCUCUUUAGGGAUCAAAUUGAUGAACUCUAUGCCAAAAUUAAGAUGUAAACUGGGAUUGAGGACUAUAUGCCAGAAAGGUAACAAUCAUUUAGAGCACAUAAACAGGACCCCGUAGUUGUCAGUGACAAUCCAUAAUGAAAUAAGGAAUCUCAUUUUGAAGAAUGUAUUUUCACCACUUCUUCUAAUAGCUGUACCACUGAAUUCCCCCCCUCGUCACAGGGUUGACACAAAGGGGAAAUCUGUUGCUCAUGCCAUAAAUUGCCAUUAUGUCAGACUAAUUCAUGGUGGGGAAUGUGAAAACAUUUCUGCCAGUUUUUUUAUUCUUGGGAGCCGCAGAAAAAAUCCCGCUAUAAAUGCUUUUACAAGAGUGUAUUCACUAUUUAUCCACCAGUCUGUUUGAUGUGUCGGUCUAUUUAAGUUGGUAUUUAAUAUAAUCACCAAACGUGUAAAUAGUGUAUCUGAAAAAUAAGAAAGGUCUAUUUGUUUGCAGAAUAUUGUGCCUGAUCUGAGUCUGUUGUUGUAAUUCUCUGCAUUCCCAUUAAGGACUGAUGCACCUCUGUUACUGCACAAUUGAGUUAAUGGCCUAUUGGGAAUCGUACUGCUUGACGUGCCUUUAAAAAAAAAAAAAAAUCUUUAA